AGGAGGAACAAUUUUUCAGAAUUAUAUAAAUCUGUCAUGACUGAUGAAAACCGGAUUAAAGCUAUCAAGAGUAAUCUCUUCAGUGAAAGAAAGAAGCAGAGUGAAGCUCCAGAGCAAGAAGACACGGAUGUAAAUUCCUCCAGCACGAAUGGGUUAGUGUAUAGUCUCUCCUUCCUACACUCAAGGAAGCCUUCCUUCUUGUUCAGGAAGAAUAAGAAAGUUAACGUAAAUCUGAUUGGACCUCAAGAUUAUCUGCCCCCUGAAAUACUGGCUCCAACAAUGAAGUACAGAGGAGUCAUUGCCCAGAAAUAGCGUUGAAAAGGACAAGAAAGACUCCAGAAAUCUCAUGGAAAUUCUUAAAAGCUUUCAAGCUAGGAAAGAUAUGAAUCUGAGCCCUCAAACAGAUUCGAAAUACCUCAAGAAAUUGCAUAAACCAGAGAUUGAGCAGCUGAAUACCUCUGAGAGUAAGAUAGAACUUCUUCUGAAAUAAAGAUGAUAAGAGAACAUCUUAUUACUCUUUCUCCAAAUCAAAACUCAAUAGAAACCAUCGUCAUAUGAUCAAACACCGGAUCCGGGCUGCUCUGAAACCUCCUGGUGGGAGGGUAAGAAGCAAGAUUCAGUCUUCAUCUCAAAAUUUUCAUACUGGUAAUGCUUACCAAAGCUCAUCAAAAGUGGUUCCGAAUCCUAAUAUUAUCCGGAACAUCCGGAGUGAGGCUCACUCCCCAAUAAUCAGGAGGGCGAUCAAAAGAAUAGAAGAGCCAAAGAUUACAUGGAAGCCAGUACAAUGCUCGAAUCAAGCUCUUUUCUGAAUGAACAAGAGUCCGCUUAGUGGGCGCUUUGUCUCGAAGAACCCUCAUGAGAAUAGUAAGAUAAACGAUACAACCCAGUCAGAGAAAAAAUCUAAAAUAGAUAUCAGCAUUCAUAGCUUUAUCAAAGGAAGAAAGAAACUUCCUUUACCUUAACAUUUUAAUUCAUUAAGCCAAAAUUUCAACAGAAA